AUGCUUCCCCAGACGUGCAUAUUUUGCGAGAAACCAAAAUACAAACCGGGAACAAAAACACGAGAGAAAUUGCAAUGCGUCCAAGAGUUUAGAGCAGAUGAUACGGUUAGAAAAAGCGCGUCGUUGCACCUUAGUAGACACACUAAUAUGAGUGCCAUUGCUGCAAAUAAGUCUGGUAUUUGCGCCAAGGAUUUGAUAAGUAGUGAAGCGAAAUAUCAUUCUUCAUGCUACAAAGCUUUUGUUCACAUUAUGUACGAGACUGAUGAAGCCGUCAAUAAUCCCACUGAAGCUAUGGGGAAUAAUAAUGGUGAGGUGUAUGAAGCUGUCUACUCCUUCUGUGAAGCCUUAACAUCAAACCCAAGAGUCGUAGAAUUUAAAGAAGUUAGGAAUGUCCUAUCAGACGAGGCAGAUAAAUUGGGUGUGGUAGUAACACAGUCUCAAUAUAAAAACCUCUUGCGUCUGAUAUCUAAUAAAUUCGAACAGCUAGUAUUUCUUAAUUACCAACAAAAUAAA